CGACAACACCCACAAGAGGAAACUUUCUCUUAACAGAAAUGAUUAAAAUGGCUGUUCCCACGGGAAUUCUCCGGCUUCUCAUCCUCGCCGUUCUCUCGCUCCAUCUUUAUCUCUCCCCUUUUGUCUCCUCCGUGGAGAUCGAUUCCUCAGAUCUCAAAGCUCUUCAAGUCAUAGAAACAGAGCUCGGAGUCAACAGUCAACGCUCUUCUUGGUCCAGUGAUGUAAACCCUUGCGGUCAUGGAGGAGUUUCUUGCGAGAGACGGCACUCCAACGCCACGGGAGAAUACGUUCUCCGUGUCACGAGGCUCGUCUACCGAUCCCGGAGCUUGUUAGGAACCAUCUCACCGGUUAUCGGAACGUUGUCGGAGCUUAAAGAACUCACUUUGUCUAAUAACAAGUUGGUCGGUGGUCUUCCACUGGAUGUCUUAAACUGCAAGAAACUCGAAGUUCUUGAUGUCCGAAACAACAGAUUUUCCGGUCAGGUUUCGGGAAACUUCUCUCGUUUGAUCAAUCUUCGAAUCCUUGAUCUUUCUUCAAAUAAAUUCUCUGGGAACUUGAACUUCUUGAAGAACUUACGCAAUCUUGAGAGCCUCUCCGUUGCAAACAAUCUCUUCUCAGGCAAGAUCCAUGAGCUAGUUAUGUCCUUCAAGAAUCUCCGGUUCUUUGACUUCUCCGGAAACCGGUUCUUGGAAAGUCCGGUUCUGGUUAUGAGUAAAAUCAAGAAGCUUCAUAGGCGCAUUCUUGCUGAAACUCCAUCUACAAACUCCACGUCAAAACCAACAAAGACACCUCCAAAAGACGAGAAAAAGAAGACAAAGAAGAAGAAGAAGAACAAAAGAAAGAAAGUAGUUGCGUGGAUCUUAGGGUUUGUAGUUGGAAGCAUAGGUGGACUCCUCUCUGGUGUUGUCUUCUCGGUAAUCUUUAAAUUGAUUCUUAAAGCAAUAAGAGGACCAGAGAAACCACCAGGUCCUUCCAUAUACAGUCCAUUAAUCAAAAGAGCUGAAGAUUUAGCUUUCUUGGAGAACGAAGAGUCGUUAGCUUCUCUUGAGCUCAUUGGCAAAGGAGGUUGUGGAGAAGUCUUCAAAGCCGAACUUCCAGGAAGCAACGGGAAGAUCAUAGCCGUGAAGAGAGUGACACAACCUUCUAAAGACGCAGCAGAGCUUGUAGACGAAGAAUCCAAGUCUCUGAACAAGUUCAUGAGGCAAAUUAGGUCAGAGAUCAACACGGUAGGUCAAAUCCGGCACCGGAAUCUUCUCCAGUUGUUAGCACACGUCCCAAGACCAGAGUGCCACUUCCUUGUUUAUGAAUACAUGAAGAACGGGAGUUUGCAAGAUAUACUAACCGAUGUUUCAGCUGGAAACAAAGAGCUAACGUGGCCAGCAAGGCACAAGAUUGCUCUAGGUAUAGCUGCAGGGCUUGAGUAUCUUCACAUAGAAAGUAACCCUAGAAUCAUCCACAGAGACUUGAAGCCGGCUAAUAUUCUUCUUGACGACGAUAUGGAGGCUAGAAUUGCGGAUUUCGGGUUGGCCAAGGCGAUGCCUGAUGCAGUCACCCACAUUACAACCUCUAAGCUUUCAGGUACUGUGGGAUACAUAGCACCAGAGUAUCAUCAAACUCUCAAGUUCACAGAUAAGUGUGACAUCUACAGCUUUGGUGUGAUUCUUGGGGUUCUUGUGAUUGGGAAGCUUCCUUCUGAUGAGUUUUUCCAGCAUACUGAUGAGAUGAGUCUUAUAAAGUGGAUGAGGAAGAUACUAACAUCGGAGAAUCCAAGCCUAGCUAUUGAUCCGAAGCUGAUGGAACAAGGAUUUGAUGAACAGAUGCUUCUUGUUCUGAAGAUUGCUUGUUAUUGUACUUUGGAUGAUCCUAAACAGAGGCCGAACAGCAGAGAUGUCAAGACUAUGCUGUCCCAGAUCAAGCACUAGCUAGUGUCUCUCUGUGAUAUAUAGUUUUCUUCUAAAUAUGUAUGUUUACAUUUCCUGUCGUAUGAGAAAUAAACUACACGUGAACACAAUAGUGUUCGCUUGGCAGAAGCUUGUGAUGAAGAUGUAUAAUUAAAAUGGAUUUUAACUAUAUUUUAUUGCUCUAAACAUAAUAAGAACUGAGUCAACACAUGUUGAGAUGUAUAAACUUUUAGUUGGAUGGACA